CAGAGGCCCAGGCAUUGGACCCAAGGCGUGUAUGUGCGUUCGUGCGUGUAUUUUUAAUUUUCGAUUUUCGCUAGCAAAUAAUUUAAAAGCUAUUGGGAAUAGAAAUAUGACUAGAAAGAACAGUUUUAUCAGCUUUAAUUUUGAACCAAAUAAAUUUUCGCAAGAUAACCAUAAUGUUUCGCGCCAAUAAUUUUAAAUUUUGUGCAGUUGAUUAUGGCGGAAUUCUAUUCAUGUUUAGGUAAUUAUAUUCUUGCACAUUCACAAAGACUUUUGUGGAUGAGACUUGUAUGUUAAAAAUCUCGUGCAUUUUUUGUGUUCGUAAGAGUUACUUUCAAAUUACUAGAAUCCAAAAAAUUCAACAUAAAUACGCAUUUAGGAAUUUUCAAAAGGAUCUGUGUAAGCGGGGUAUCUUGUUUUAUCAGUUCAGACAGUUUCGCCACAUCACACACUGGGACCAAAUAUUGACAUGAAAUUAGAAAAUAUUAAAUAUAAACUAGUCGGAUGAAAGAAGACUAGUGUUCGGUUAGAAGCUAUUAGAACCUUCAGAUUAGAAAUAGAAUGAGGGGUAAAUGAGCAAGUUCCUCGUAUAUACUGUAGAAAAGGGAAUUGCACUUACGAGGAAUGUCCAAUAUAGAUGAUGGAUCGUGGGGUCAUUUGGCAGACACAGAACAUUUUGGCCGUAAAACAAGUUCUUCUGAUGUCAGAGUUAUAAGUUAUAAUGAAACUACCCAUCCUAAAUAUGUGAAUUACACCAAAGCUGGACACUGCAUGAUUUACUCAAAACAAAAUGAAAAAAUGUUUGGAUUAUAUGAUACAAGAGCUGCGGUUUUGAUGCAGAUGAGGUUUGAUGGCUACAUUGGCUUCCCUGGAGGUUUGAUAGAUGAUGGAGAAAAUACAGUUUCAGGCGUAAAUCGUGAACUUGUUGAAGAAAUUAAUUUUGAUUUAGAAAAGUUUACCAUAAAAGAAGAGCAUCAUGUAAUUUCACAUGUGAAUGAGAAAUUAAAAUUGAUACUGCAUUUCUUUGCCAUUGAGGUACCAUUGCAAGAUUUUGAAGAAAUGGAAAAGAAAUCAUUAUCUGCCCAUGACUAUGGAAAUGAAGUAAGCUAUUUUCUCUAUAAGCCGGACAGCCAUGGUGUAGUGGAAAUCAUUGUUCAAGAUGUAUUGUCUGCAAUACUUGAGUCGAGUCACCUGCAAGUUGCUGAGGAGGAUGUCCACGACUACUCCGCCACUGAUGUCCACCGCAGAUGUAGACAAAACUUCUGGAAAUAUGAUUUCUACUAGACUAUGGCCGUCCAGCCUGGAAGAUAAUUCUAAUUGUGCAUCCUACCGCCAGUGCCUACAUUGCUUUAAAACUUGAACUGUUCAUCAGCUAUCUCAAUAUGGAAAUAUCAAAACUUUUUGCAUUACAAAUCAUCUUCCUGUUUUGAACCAUCUCCCCACAGUUUUAUCGUGCGACCACUGGCUGAAAGGAGAAUUCCAAUUUGUGUAGGAUGAGCAGCAACAGAACAUACAGCAUAAGCCGAGUU